GAAUGGGUGCCAGGCUGGGGCACUACACCCCUGACCCCGAGGUGUAGUCUCGCUGCCAGCUCCUGGGCAGAGCUGGGCGCUAGGUCCGCCUCUUGGCGCAACCAGCUCCUGCCUUCUGGAGCCAGGCACUGAGAGCCGGCCGCCCCGCAGCGGCCCCCUAGGCCUCCCCGCAGCACCCCGUAAUGCAAUUCACCGGGGCCAGGGAGGCGGCGGCAGCACCUACGGCAGCGGCGGCGGCAGCAGCACUGCCCCAACCUAGAGACGUCUAGAAAGACGAGGAAAAUGGCUCCGAGCAGGGACCGCCUGCUGCACUUUGGGUUCAAGGCGACAAUGUUCUCAAACAGCGAUGAAGCUGUAAUCAAUAAAAAGCUUCCCAAAGAACUCCUACUGAGGAUAUUUUCUUUCCUGGAUGUUGUCACCCUGUGUCGCUGUGCUCAGGUCUCAAGGGCCUGGAAUGUCCUAGCUCUGGAUGGCAGUAACUGGCAACGAAUUGACCUGUUUGAUUUCCAGAGGGAUAUUGAGGGCCGAGUAGUGGAAAAUAUUUCAAAACGAUGUGGAGGCUUUUUACGGAAGUUAAGUCUUCGUGGGUGUCUUGGAGUAGGAGACAAUGCAUUAAGGACAUUUGCACAAAACUGUAGGAAUAUUGAAGUGCUGAGUCUCAAUGGAUGUACAAAGACGACAGAUGCUACCUGUACUAGCCUUAGCAAGUUCUGCUCCAAACUCAGGCACCUUGACUUGGCUUCCUGUACAUCGAUAACAAAUAUGUCUCUCAAAGCUCUGAGUGAGGGGUGUCCACUGUUGGAGCAGUUGAACAUUUCCUGGUGUGACCAAGUAACCAAGGAUGGCAUUCAAGCACUAGUGAGAGGCUGUGGGGGUCUCAAGGCCUUAUUCUUAAAAGGCUGCACUCAGCUGGAAGAUGAAGCUCUCAAGUACAUAGGUGCACACUGCCCUGAGCUGGUGACUUUGAACUUGCAAACUUGCUUACAAAUCACAGAUGAAGGUCUCAUCACCAUAUGCAGAGGGUGUCAUAAGCUGCAGUCCCUCUGUGCCUCUGGGUGCUCCAAUAUCACAGAUGCCAUCCUGAACGCUCUAGGGCAGAACUGCCCUCGGCUUAGAAUAUUAGAAGUGGCCAGAUGUUCCCAGUUAACAGAUGUGGGCUUCACUACCCUGGCCAGGAAUUGCCAUGAGCUUGAAAAGAUGGACCUAGAAGAAUGUGUUCAGAUCACAGAUAGCACAUUAAUUCAGCUUUCUAUACACUGUCCUCGGCUUCAAGUAUUGAGUCUUUCUCACUGUGAGCUCAUCACAGAUGAUGGGAUUCGUCACCUAGGGAACGGGGCCUGCGCCCACGACCAGCUGGAGGUGAUUGAGCUGGACAACUGCCCACUAAUCACCGAUGCAUCCCUAGAGCACUUGAAGAGCUGUCACAGCCUUGAGCGCAUAGAACUCUAUGACUGCCAGCAGAUCACGCGGGCUGGAAUCAAGAGACUCAGGACCCAUUUACCCAAUAUUAAAGUCCACGCCUACUUCGCACCAGUCACUCCACCCCCAUCAGUAGGGGGCAGCAGACAGCGCUUCUGCAGAUGCUGCAUCAUCCUAUGACAAUGGAGGUGGUCAACUCUGUGAACUGAGUAUUUAAUGACACUUCUAGACUUACCGUGGAGUCUCUCCAGUGGAAGCUGACCCCAGCAUUCUGGGCAAUGGUUACAAAGCGAGGGCAGCGUCCAGAUCCCCAGAGCCACACAUAACACAGGCACACGCCCUCACCCCCAUCCGCUGUAGUUCUGUGACCAUGGCACUGAAGUUCAUAUCGGCUAUAACAAGUGGAUUGGUAAAACUUAACCAUUCCUGUUGGACAUGCCCAGAAGAAAUCCUAGGCCAUGGGAGAGGGAGGGGACAUUCCAGCAAAACCCAGUGUUUCCACUACUGUGGUUUCUUUAUUUUAUUAAGGGGCUUCCGUGGGGAUUUUGAAACAGUAACUGCAGUCCUCCAGGGUGAAUGAUAGCAUGGAAAAACAAUAUAUGAUGUAUCCAGGGACCAGAAAGAAAAUAUCUUUGCAUCCCAGAAAUGGUAGCCAUCCAUUGGAAGAUGCCUACACUGUUUCUGUGCUUCCUUGUUUCCAUGCCAACAUGCUGAGCACGCUCACGAAGAAGGCUUGUCCAUUCAUCUGGUGUGUUAGUAUUUGGCCCAGGGAUUUGUGGGGUUUUUUGUUUUUGUUUUUGUUUUUUAGCAGCUUCACUGGAAAUCACUGGGGUCCAAAUAUGACUUCUCUUACUUCUCUGCCCAGUCUGUCACUGUGUGUCACUGUGCACCCGUCUUCCACUCUCCUGCUGGUUGUUGCGCUCUCGAUCAGCCUGUCCCUGAUCACAGUCCGCUGCUCACACUCAAUUGUUACUCUUCUGCUGUUGUGUUUACAGUUUGCAUUUUGGAUGAUUAGUUGGGGUUACCAAACAUUUUUAAAAGAAAACAUCAAUAAAUUAUUUUUUUAAUCUAAAUAUUACCAUUAGGGGACCCUGCCUGAAUCUUUGCCAGUUUGGAAGGAAACUUUUAGGAAACCAGGAAAGUUAUGAUAAAUAGUUGAACUGUUUGGAUAAAAAGAAACUUUGCCUUUUGGUUUCUGUUGUAUCUUAUGCUGUACACUCGUUUGCAUGGUAUGCUCAUUGUCCCCCUGCACAUUUCCUUUCUUACAAAUUCGCUGAGCUUAUUAAGAAUACAGAAGUGCAUUAUUAGCGUGGAGUGAUGGCCAAGACCCAAAGUGAGCCUGGAUGUCCCCAUUCCCCAAGCGCAAGCACAAAUGACCAGCGUUGCCCUGUGCUAACAGGAAUGUGAGUGUGCUCUCUGCCCUGUCUGGAGUUACUUGAGUUACUUGCUUUAUUUACAGCAGUGCUGCUGGCGGGAGGGGGCUGCACUUAGUUCCCUGAGCCCCUCCCACAGUUAAUCCCACUACGGAUACAAGAAGAGCCCUGUGAUGGCUGACUGCCUGUGUGUAACAGGGUCACGGUGUUGGCACCUCAGCAGACCUGAGCAUACCGGCCAUCUCUCUGCAGACUUCCUCUGAAUGGGGUAUGAAGGCAGCCAGGUAGGGGCAUUGGGGCAGCCAGAGAGCCCAGAGAGGGAGUAACAGCUCAGUGUUUAUACCACGCCUGUGCAUCUGACACCAGAGCUGAGGGAACGUGUUUAAUAGCUGUGGCUCAGAGUCAAGAAAAAGCCUCUUCAAAGAAACUCACAGAAAAUGAGCAAAAUUAAGUGAGUUUCUAAGGCAUAUUUCUAAACCCCAGUGGUAGGGGCCUUGUGUGAUAUUUACUAGGGUUCGGGGGAAAGGGCUUUUAGAGCAUAAAUUGCAAGCCUAUGAUCCCAGGACGCUAGAGGGGCUGUUUUAAUGUGUGGGUACAGGUUCUGCCAGAAUAUAUAGGAACAUAGUCUGAUUUAUUUCUCCAUUAAUAUAGAAAACAAUCAGAUGAAAAG